AAUUGUUGUGAUAAACUUAUUAAAUAGAUGAGUUCUUAUAUGUGAUGGCGCAGACAACUGAUGUUGAGAUGACCGAAGAUGGUGAAAAGUCUGCUCCUUGUUCUCCAAAUGGAACUGGAUCUCUCAGCACAUCCAAAGGACAAACUGCAAUGAACAGUUCGAUGAUAGCGAAGUGUAUUGAUAGAAUAAAAAACUUGAAUGAAACUGAUGUGAUGCUGGAUAACAAAACCAUCGGGGACAAGAUGACUCCCGGCUCAGUUGCUGCCUCAAAUCUUCCUAACCAGUUCUCCGACGAAGAAAUGGACAUCGACAACGAUGACUUUCGUUCGGAUGGAGAAAUCAGAUUUGUAGCGACAGGAGUAACUAAGUGGAAAGAUCAGGCACACAAUUUGUCGGAGGCGGUUAUGGUCAGAAACAUGCCCUGGAGAAUUCUUCUGAUGGCCAGACCUGGACAAGGACAUGGGGGACAAGAUCCAGCCAGUGGAAGAACCCUUGGAUUUUUCCUGCAGUGCAAUGGCGAGAACGAAUCUAACACCUGGAACAUUCACGCAUCUGCAGAAUUAUCAAUUGUAAACCAGGCCAGUCCCGAGAAAACGCAACCUAGAAGGAUAAAUCACACAUUUUAUGCAAAAGAAAACGACUGGGGCUACUCUAACUUUCUGUUAUGGAAGGAACUGAUCGACCCCGUUAAAGGCUGGGUGAAGGACGACACACUCAUAGCCGAGGCAAAAAUGCACGCAGAUGCCCCACAUGGCGUUGAUUGGGACUCUAAAAGACUAACUGGGUUUGUGGGACUAAAGAACCAAGGGGCGACAUGCUACAUGAACAGUCUGCUGCAGAGUCUUUACUUCAUCUCGCGGUUCAGAAAGGCUGUCUACCAAAUGCCGACAGAAGGCGAAGACUCCACCAAGAACGUCCCAUUGGCGUUGCAGAGAGUGUUCUAUGAGCUACAGCUGUCGACUAAGUCGGUUGCGACAAAGAAGUUGACUCGUUCCUUCGGCUGGGACAACCUGGACUCGUUCAUGCAGCACGACGUGCAGGAACUCACUCGGGUGCUCAUGGACAAUAUCGAGACGAAGAUGAAGGGAUCCCACGUGGAGGGAGUGAUUCCUGAACUGUUUGAGGGAAAGAUGCUGUCGUACAUAUCAUGCAAGAAUGUUGACUACUCUUCGUCAAGGGAGGAGCCCUUCUACGACAUUCAACUGAGUGUCAAAGGAAAGAAAAACGUGUAUGAGUCGUUCAAGGAGUACGUGGCGAUAGAGACUAUGGACGGGGACAACAAGUAUGACGCAGGGGCCCAUGGACUGCAGGAUGCAGAUAAGGGAGUCAUCUUCACGAAAUUCCCACCUGUGCUUCAUCUUCAUCUGAUGCGGUUCUACUUCGACUACCAGACAGAGCAGAAUGUGAAAAUAAACGACAGAUACGAGUUCCCACAGCGACUGAAUCUAGAUCCCUUUCUGAAGGAACCAGGAGAAACACCUGCCAGAUACAUCCUACAUGCAGUACUAGUCCACACUGGGGACAACCAUGGCGGACACUAUGUAGUCUACAUUAAUGCACUGGGAGACAAUAAGUGGUGUAAAUUCGACGAUGAAGUGGUGUCCCGUUGCUAUGCGAAGGAAGCAGUAGCCCAGAACUACGGAGGGGUGGAUGAACAUGACAACUCUGUGAGGAACUGCACCAAUGCAUACAUGCUCGUGUAUGUCAGGGAGAGCCACCUGGACAAAGUAUUAUGCCAAGUUGAAGAAUCAGAGAUUCCUAAAGACCUCAUUGAUCGAUUAGAAGAGGAAAAAACGAUCGAGCAGCAGAGACGCAAAGAGCGAGAAGAAGCAGCGCACUACAUCAACAUGAAUGUAGUUAACGAAGAGGCCUUCUACUCGAACAACUCGUGUGAUCUAGUCCCGAUGGAUUCGACUCGAUUUGUAGAUUUCAGGAUCAGAAAAGAUGCCAAGUAUGACGAGGUUAUCAAAAUCCUGCAUGAUAGCUACGGUUAUCCAGAGAACCAAAUGCGACUGUGGCCUCUGAUAAUGCGAGACAACAAUACCUUCCGACCCACAGAUCUCGAGUGGCCUUCAGGCAAAACAUUGAUAGAAGCUGCCGAUUUGGAGCCGAACGCCCUUACAUUCAGAGUGUUUCUGGAACUGAAACCGGUGUUGGCGACUGAAUUAACAAAACCACUUCCGUCUUUUAACAAAAACGAUCAAAUUUGUUUAUUCUUCAAGUAUUACGACACUCAAAUCAGCAAGGCUAUUUAUGUUGGGCACAUGUACGUGAAUCACAAGAAGAUGAAAGUGAAAGAUUUGUUUCCUGAGAUGUGUAAAAUGGCACAAAUUGCUCCCUGUGAAUUGAUCGUGUAUGAAGAGGUGCGAUAUUACGACUUGGUGCUAGCGAAAGAUCAUUCUAAUAAGUUGUCGGAGGCGUUUCAAGAUCUAAUGACUGGAGAUAUUUUAGUAUUCCAGAAGAAUGACCACAACGUGAAACCACUCGUAACUCCAGGGAUGGAAUUGGAGGUUGAGCACUUUCCCCUAGCUAGAGAUUACUUCCUCAAUCUCUCCUUCAUGGUCGAAAUCACAUUCUUGGAGAGACUGCACAACAACAACCCACAGGCGGCAUAUGCCCAGUUGAGUCCGGCUGCACAGCAACAACAACAGCAGCAGAUGAUGUGGAACCAGAAGAACAUCACACUCAACAUCAACACCAAGUGGACAGUGGCUAAGACCUGUCAGCUGUUGGGACAGUACCUGAAACAAGACCCCGAGCAUAUUCAGCUUCUGAGGCCCCAAGGCAACACCAGAAGUCCAGGUGCCCCCAGUCUGAGAUCUAACGACUCCGAAAACUGGAUUCCCAUCCCAUCUACAUUUGAAGGUGCUAUCAAAGACAUCAUUGUUCCACCUGGCUUUGCCACUCCCCCUGGACUGGGUCCUAAUGCGGUGCAGUACAGGAACAGGAUUAGUGGCACCAUGCAAGGAGUCCAGAACCAGCCAAUAAAAAGGCUCUGCUUCGAAGUGUUGGAAAUGAAAGUGAGUGAAUUUGAGAAUCGAAAGAAGAUUACAAUCGUCAUAUUUGACUACGAGACCAGAGACGAGCACGAGUUCACAUUAUACCCUUUGAAAGGGGGCAAAGUGGUUGACAUUCUGUACGAGGCUGCCAAGAAACUCAACCUAGACUUGAAGGGACCUGUAGCUGCUUCGUCAACAGGAGGUGGAGGAGCGACAGGGGGUCAAUCUUCUCCCUCGGGAAGUCAAACUAGUCAGCAGCUGAUGAUGAAGGAACUAGUUGGUCGUCUGAGAUUGGUCGAGUUAAAUAACUUCAAAUGCAACAGUAUCAUGGACCCUUUCCUGUCCAUAGAUCACGCACUACAGUCUGUCAGUCAACAUGGGAGACAACUCAGAAUCGACUUCCGUUUCCCGGAGAACCAGCGAUCCACUGCCCCGACUGAGAUGCUAGUGGGAGUAGCACAUUACAGCAAGGAGAUUUUCAACUGUUUCGGCACUCCCUUCUACAUCCUCUGCACUUCCGACGAGUCCUUCAAAGAGAUCAGAGACAGAAUCUGUAGAUUCCUCGAUUUGAGUGACAGGGAGGCGGACAAGAUCAAGUUCACUCUGGUCAAUCAGAAUCAAUCCACAGCUGUCACGCCAUUCAAUUUAGAGGAGAAGAUCAAUAUCGUCGCACAGAAAGAAGGUGCUCAGAAGUGGACGCCAAGAUCUAUGAAUUCAACUGUAUUUCUUGGAUUGGAGCACUCGACGAAAAACGUGGGCAAGAAAUCGAGAUUUCAACCGUUUGAGAAAUCGAUUCAGAUUUUGAACUGAAGUUGGAGAAACUUCCAGUUUCUAGUCAGGAAUCAGUCCUGCUCACCGAAGACUAUUUGUUUGCAGGGAAUGAAAUUCAUUCGCACAGUUUUUUCAACGAAUUUAAAAGAUGUAAACUGAAUCUAAAUAUUGUUUUUUUUUUCAGAAACUUUCAUGACGUCUGUAGAAACAUUUUUCGUCAUAUUGCUGCUAAUUGUGAAUCUAAUUAAAUAUCUGCCCAGAUUUAAUAAAGUUCAUCAGAGCACGACUUGAAAUAUUUCUUUUAGUUCGAA